GCCACUAAAAUGAAGAACACUCCAGCCUUGUGCACUGUGGCAACAACAUGAAUGCGCAAAUAUUCACCAAUACGUGACCCUUCUCGUCACCCUAUAUUUAUACAGAAUGUGCUCUACUUCAUCUGCAGUAAUAAGGACAUCGUGGUUUAUAGAGUAUUGCUACGGUCUUGAUGUCUGAUAAAUCAACUGUAUGCGGUUUCAAAACCUGCCGCCUCGUCCCACAGGUCGUGACCGGCAUCCAGUGUUUCUAAGCUGCUGCCUCUUUUUGUGUAUUUAUCUCUUGUCUGUCUUAUGUUCCUUGUAGUGUUUUAAUGUUGAUUCUUAUAGAUCACAUGGUACCUAGUGUAUUAUUACUUCUCUCCAUUGGUUAAGAAUGCGGUCAGUUCAUUCAAACGUUUUUUUGUUUUUCUUAGGGUAAGUGAGGCAGUGCAGCGGAGUCUGACGGGUCAGUGUUGGUGUGGCAGUAGUGGUGUGAGGGUGCGUCGCUGUGAGCUCUGCCUGGCUGUGACUGGGCCGCUCCAGCCGGGGGUUGCCAGGAUGGGUGGACGGACGGUCAUUGCCAGGUAAAACAACAACAGCGGGCUGCUUGUGGAGGACACAGCGUGCUGGCGGCCAUGCUUGGUGUGCUCAUGAUGGGUGUGCUCUCCCCUAACGCCACGGCCUCCAUCUUCCCCGCCGUUAACACCGCAGCAUCCAGCAAAGGUGCAGUAAAGGUCACGCCAGGACACAGCCACGAGGACUGUCAGGUCAGGGAGAGAUACAGCAUUCCAUUCCUCUCCAUUCUUGACAGCAGUGGAAAGGUCACCAAUAUUGUGCCAGAGUUUGAGGGUUUGCUGAGGUUUGAGGCGCGGGGGGCAGUGCCGUCGGCCCUGUCGGCACUGGGGCUGUACAGAGGGUGCCACGCCCACCCCAUGACGGUGCCUCGCUGUAGCAGGACGCAGGAUGUCAUUGAGCCCGUGCUGAGGCCCCAGUGGUUCGCUUGGUGCAAGGAGUUGGCACAGGAGGCGUCCGAGGCUGUGCAGAGCGGCCGUCUGACCCUGGUGCCACAGCUGCACAGGAGGGCUUGGCAUAGCUGGCUGGACAACAUCACAGACUGGUGUGUCUCCCAGCAGCUCUGGUGGGGCCACAAAAUCCCAGUGUACCACAUCACUGCAGCAGACGGCUGGGAGGUGUGGGUGGCGGCUGCUUGGAGGAGGAUGCAAGGCGGAAGGCUGUGGAGAAGGAAGGCACACCCUUGGCCUCCAUGUCCACCCAGCAGGAGGAAGAUGUUCUGGACACCUGGUUCUCCUCUGGCCUGUUUCCCUUUGCCUCGCUGGGCUGGCCGGGUCAGGGGAGGGGAGAGACCAUGCCUGACCUUGCUCGCUUCUACCCAACGACCUUGGUGAAGACGGGUCACGACAUCCUCUUCUGGGUGGCUCAGAUGGUCAUGCUGGGACUCAACUUGACAGGGAGGCUUCCCUUUAAGACUGUGCUGCUGCAUGGCCUCCUGUGUGAUGGUGGCGGCCACAAGAUGUCCAAGUCCUGGGGCAGUGUGAUAGACCCCCUGGAUGUCAUCAAUGGGGCGUCCCUGGAG